CCCAGCCCCGUUUCCUUCACAACUUGUAAUCGUUUGGUGUUUAAUGGUAGUAGCCUGACUUACUACCUUUUCCUACAGCCUCUUGACUCCUCAUUUCCUUUCCCGAUAGUCGUUGAGGCCACACGUCCGACGUGAGAAUCGGCGUGUACCAAUUCUGCAGCAUUAUAUGUCGUUUGUCCUUUCCGCUCCUCUUGUGAGCGCCCUCUACAACCAAGCGCUGCCAGUGCUCUUCCCCAUGUCCCAAAUGGUUAUGGACUGUGCCCGCCGGGCAUCUUCAGCCACCGCUGCUACCUAUGGCAAAUCCGCCCCCAUCACAAUGAGGCCUUCGCUUCUCCGUGCGACUCCUCGCCAGCUUCGUCUUGGAGCACAGUCUGCGAAUUUCCCUACACUUGGGCCAUUGCGUGCUAUGGCUAGCGCUGCGGAGCCGGCUCGCGCUGUUUUGUCGUGCCCUCACGACCCGGACCAGAUGCCGCAUUUGCCGGACAACCGCCCAAAGCCCGCUGUUGACACGGGCAUCAACGUCCAGAAGUAUGUGCAAGAGAAUUACACGCCAUACUCAGGAAGCGCCAGCUUCCUUGCUGGGCCCUCUGAGCGCACCAAGGCGCUGUGGUCUCAGCUGGAGAAGCUCAUCUGCAAGGAGCUGGAGAAGGGCGUCCUGGACGUUGACCCAAGCAAGCCCUCCAGCAUUGCCGGCUUCCCUCCCGGCUACAUCAACAAGGACCUGGAGGUGGUGGUCGGCCUGCAGACGGAUGCGCCCCUGAAGCGCGCCAUCAAGCCCCUGGGCGGCAUCAACAUGGUCAAGGCGGCCCUGGAGGCAUACGGCUUCACCCCGGAUGCGGAGGUGGAGAAGGUGUACACGCACGUGCGCAAGACCCACAACGCCGGCGUGUUCGACGCCUACAACGAUGAGAUGCGCGCUGCGCGCAAGAGCGGCAUCCUGACGGGCCUGCCUGAUGGCUACGGCCGCGGCCGCAUCAUUGGCGACUACAGGCGUGUUGCGCUGUACGGCGUGGACGCGCUGAUCGCCGCCAAGAAGACCGACCUCAAGCACAACCUGCUGGGGGUGAUGGACGAGGAGCGCAUCCGGCUGCGCGAGGAGGUCAACGAGCAGAUCCGCGCUCUCAACGAGCUCAAGGCCAUGGCCAAGGCGUACGGCUGCGACAUCAGCAAGCCUGCCCAGAACUCGCGCGAGGCGGUGCAGUGGCUCUACUUUGCCUACCUGGGCGCGGUGAAGGAGCAGGACGGUGCUGCCAUGAGCUUGGGCCGCAUCGACGCCUUCCUGGACACCUACUUUGAGCGUGACCUGGCGGCUGGGACCAUCACGGAGCAGGAGGUGCAGGAGCUGAUUGACCAGUUCGUCAUGAAGCUGCGCAUCGUCAGGCAGCUUCGCACGCCCGAGUACAAUGCACUGUUUGCCGGCGACCCCACCUGGGUCACCGCCGUGCUGGGCGGCACCGAUGCAAGCGGCAAGCCCAUGGUCACCAAGACCAGCUUCCGCAUCCUGAACACGCUGUACAACCUGGGCCCGGCCCCCGAGCCCAACCUGACCAUCCUCUGGAACGACAACUUGCCGCAGAACUUCAAGGACUUCUGCUCCAAGGUCUCCCUGGACACCUCCUCCAUCCAGUACGAGUCUGACGGCCUCAUGAGCCGCCUGUUCGGCUCGGACUACUCCAUCGCCUGCUGCGUGUCGGCCAUGCGCGUGGGCAAGGACAUGCAGUACUUUGGUGCGCGCGCCAACCUGCCCAAGCUGCUGCUCUACGUCCUCAACCAGGGCCGCGACGAGGUGACUGGCGACCAGGUGGGCCCCAAGUUCGCCCCGGUGGCCAACAAGGACGCGCCACUGGACUUCGAGGAGGUCAAGGCCAAGCUGGCCGACGGCAUGGAGUGGCUGGCAACCCUGUACGCCAACACCAUGAACGUCAUCCACUACAUGCACGACAAGUACGACUAUGAGCGCCUGCAGAUGGCUCUGCACGACACCCACGUGCGGCGCCUGCUCGCGUUCGGCAUCUCGGGCCUGUCGGUGGUGGCCGACUCGCUGUCUGCCAUCAAGCACGCCAAGGUCACGCCCGUGUACGACGAGAGGGGCCUUAUGGUGGACUUCAAGGUCGAGGGCUCCUUCCCCAAGUACGGCAACGACGAUGACCGUGCUGACGAUCUGGCUGAGUGGGUGGCCGGGACCUUCUCUCAGAAGCUCAGCAAGCAGCACACGUACCGCAACUCGGUGCCCACGCUGUCGGUGCUGACCAUCACCUCCAAUGUGGUGUACGGCAAGAAGACUGGCAGCACUCCUGACGGCCGCAAGAAGGGCGAGCCAUUCGCCCCCGGCGCCAACCCUCUCCACGGCCGCGACGCACAUGGCGCCCUGGCGUCCCUCAACUCCGUUGCCAAGCUGCCGUACUCCGCUUGCCUGGAUGGUAUCUCCAACACCUUCUCGCUCAUUCCCCAGGUGCUGGGCAAGGGCGGCGAGGUCGAGCGCGCCUCCAACCUGUCUUCCAUCCUGGACGGCUACUUCGCCAACGGCGGCCACCACAUCAACGUCAACGUGCUCAACCGCGCCAUGCUCAUGGACGCAGUGGAGCACCCCGAGAAGUACCCCAACCUGACCAUCCGCGUGUCUGGCUACGCUGUUCACUUCGCCCGCCUCACGCGCGAGCAGCAGCUGGAGGUCAUUGCGCGCACCUUCCAUGACACCAUGUAAGCUUGGCAAAGGAUGCCUUGACGAAGAAUAACCCUCGCUGAGUACGGUUUUAGUAGGGAGCUGUCGCGCGGUGGAUAUGUGAACUUAGCAAGGUUACUAAGUCAUCGUUACUCAUGCUCUGUGUGUGCACCAAUCUUCAUAUAUGCUCAAGUACGUUUGGGGACACUGGCCAUGUGGAGGAAGUGUGAGCUGUGUGACAUAUGCCCCUGGAGCACAGAAACGUGCCCCUUCCGUUGGUCAGUUCGAAUGAGCUGAACCAGUCAUCCCGUAUCAUCCGUUGCGUUCUUGUGUGUAUUUGUUCUUUGCCACUGCAAAGCAAUGUCGGCUGCCGAUUGCUGCAGGCUGCGGUGCGGGGUAACUGGUGUGUCGCCUCGUGUACUAUCGUUGAGUGUGCAAUGUGUGUGAUCGUCGUCCAUCUUUGUUACUCUUUUCAGGAAAUUGCGAUGCGACAUGCAAUCGUCGGGGGGCAUUUUGUGAACUAGUUACCGUGUCUCCAUCCUUGUCAACGGGCUCGAGGUGGUGCGCGCGUACACGUGAUACAGAGUGCCUUCCAAAGUGUUGUUCAUUAAACAUGCAUUCCGAAGCUAAUGUACUACGGCGUCAUUGCGUUGAUAGAUGCCAAUAACCAGUUGCGGGCUGUAUUACUAAUGGCUAUUACAGGCUGUACUGAAGAUGGUUUGUCCCUGUUAAUUGGGGGCCCAUACUUCCCAAUAAAGUGUGUUUGUUGCCUGAGGCGCUUUGUGGGUAGUGUUAAAUAAACAGGCGGUCGCGUCUGAAGUCAGCGUAACCAGUUG